AUGCAUUUUCAACAUAGUCAAUGGAGGUUUUUGUUUGCACUUAUAUCUUCAUGUUUGUUUGCUUCCGUUGAGUCAGCCAAGGAUUCCUCAGAUCGCCAUGUGAGACCGACCUUCACGUUUGACCAGCUCUGGGAACUCCAGAAGAACUUUUGGGACACCUUUCUCUACCCGGAAAAUCUCAAACAGACACAAGGCAAUGCAUCGACUAUUUUUACUCCAGAUGUUCAAGGUCGUGUCGACGCCACCCGCACCUUCGAUGGCGACGAGCUAAACCGUGAAUAUAUCUUUGGUCUAUUCUCAGAUCCAAACCAUUUCAGCAUCGUCGGUAUCCCGAUAGCGUAUAACAUCACCCAGUUUACCGCAAAUGACAACAUCGUAGCCGCGACAGCGGUGGUCACCUUCAACGCAACCGGUUUCGGCGUUCUCCUGCCAGUGACGAUCGACACAUGGAUGAUGUACAACGAAGAUGGCAAGAUGACACAGUACGACGUGACAUUCCGCUGGUUUGCCUACUUGCUUGAUUUCCUGCUUGAUGGAGUGGCAAAGAAAAUAAACGCCACUUCGCCCGACCAGGCUGUCGCCUAUUUUACUGAUUUGCUAGCCACCACCGUCUGUAAUUCACACGAACAGUACUGCACGGGAUCGAACAAGCAAUAUAAUGACCACCAAAGUUGUUAUGACUUUAUGACCAAAACCUUACGACUCGGAAAACCAUACGAGCUGGGUCGUAACACAUUGCUAUGCCGAAAGAUUCACGAGCAUAUGGUGCAGUAUCGGCCCGAGGUGCAUUGUCCGCAUAUCGGUCCUAGUGGAGGUGGAUACUGUGUUGAUGAUAUGGACUACAAGCAAACUGUGCUACAGAGAUACUUCAAUGACUCUUGGAUUCCAUUUGGCUAUGGCACAGACCAGAACAUCUGGCUCGCUAACUGA